UUUGUAACCGUUGGUCCCAAUUUAUAGCUUGCCGGCUCUGCCGUAAGUUUCCCAUGUCUUUCCAUGACCUGCCAGUAAGCCCCUUUUACCCAUUCCUUUACCUACAAAACAAAUAGAGAGCCUUACUGGUGGCGUAAACCCCGCUGUCUAUACUCAAAAAUAAAAGAUUCGACAACGUCAUCUACAAUUAAUUAGUACACGUCUCAAUCGCUCUCCCUGGUACGGUCCGGACUGUGGUUUGAGCAAAAACAUAAGGCGUUACGACUUGUGUUGACCUAAUAAAGACCCUGCGCAUAGUGGGUGACAGACACGACGAAGUGUCACUGUCAAACUUCGGCCCUUCGUCGGACUUCUUAUUGGAUAGGCCGGGGUAGAUACUACCGAAUCAAGGGGAUUCAUCCUCUUUGCCGUCCGACUCUCGGAGAAACCAGUAGUGCGCGCUAGAGUGUCCCAACUAAAGUUUUUUAUAGAAACCGCGUGGUGUAUAUUUAAGUAGUUAGUGCUUUUUGUGGUUAAAUCUAAAAGUUUGAAGAGUUAGUGUUAGAAAAGUAUUAGUACGAUUUUGACAGAUUCGAGUUCAAGUGAAAACCUAAAACUACACCGCUGUAUAAGGAGAAGCAAGAAGAAAAGGUCCAGAUUCGGGCCUUUUCUUUUCACCCACACUCCUGUGGCUAAGCCCGGAGGAUUUCUUUUCACCACCAGUGAACGCCAGGACACUUGGUCAGCGGCCGAGAGAACAAACGCCGGUAACGCCGGUUCACCCUUGCAAACGUGCAACGAAAGUGCCACCCCGUUGCGCCAUUUUGGAGGUCGGCCAUUGGGAUAGUUCGGCGGCCAUCUUCAACCAAGCACUCGCCAUCACCGUGUGAGUCCCGCGGAAAGAGAAUCCACUGCCACUUCAUCGGCACCAGCCAACACCCCGGCGUGGGUUUACGUUGGUCAUCCCCAACGAUUCCAAGGCCAUCGAUCGGCCCAGGAUCAACCGUAGCCCAGCUGGCGGGCCCUAGUCCACCCAGCAAGGUACAACGCUACACCGCUGUGAGGGGACCCAUCCCUGCAACCGUCCAAACCGCCUAUCGCCGCCACCACCGCCCAGGCCCAGGUCCGGCCAAGGCCUAACUGUGAAUGGCCCUGGUGUUCCAUUGGAGAUAGCCAUUCCUCCCCGAGUCACCCGUGGAUCCACAACGAUCGGCAACGACCGCCAGAUCAAAACGGCAAGUACCAUGUAACCGUCUCUCAACAACACCCAAAUCGUCCCUAAAAUGGGUCAAUAAAACCUAGAUAUGUAAGCUCAAUUGGCCUUUAGCCUUAUUUAGCCAACGCACUCCCUGCUUGUAUAUACACCACUUUCUUUUCCGUACCCACAAGUGGUCUUCAACCCUACUGCUCGAUAAGUUGCUAUAAAAUUUGACUUCACCUUGAUUCAUUUCGCUUCGGUCCUUCUAAUGGUCUGUUUACCAUUCAGCUGUCAGGGAAAAUAACAGAUAAACUCCCACACCGAAGGUAAGUGACUGGUGAUGCAGUGAUAGAGGCGGUACUAAUUAAUGAGACGACCCUGAGAUCGGCAAAAUUCCCACCUUUUUCCCCCCCUGAGCAGCCGAGAGGCUACAAAUUGGCGCCCAACGAAAAAUAUUAGCUAUCGUCAAACUUUCACCACCCUUAGCAGAAGGAGGUAAACAACUUUUGUUUUGACAAUUUCGUUCUCCAAACGAACAAGUUGAUUGAACAACAUGGAUGUGGAAUUUGAAAUACAAUACAAGCGUUUGAUGGUUCAUCAUUUGGAAAAGCAUGAAAUUGAACACGAAUUAGCGAUCAGAGCAGUACAGUUUGAAUCCACCGAGUCUAGAUCGGCCAUCCAGCGAAGGCUUAGGGAUCGGCUGAAGGAAGAGAAGGAUAUGCCCAACAUUGACAUCGAUUUUCUUAGGUGCAAAGUGUCAGUAGAUGCGGAAAUUAAAGUGAUAGAUGCGAAUGUUAACCAAAUUCGAAGUUAUCUCGAAAAUGUGGUACGGUUUGAAGGACUGAAAGAUAGUUUGAAGUCACGGUUGGUUCAUUACUUUGCCCGUGUUCGCCGCGCUCAGGAAUAUGCUGAGUCAGACGAAGACUUGUCCGACUGCGAUGAGCUCGUUGGAGCGAUACGAGGACUGAUGAACACUCAUUUUUCGAUUUUUUCUCCAUUAGAAACUGUUAGACAGGAGGUGUUGCAAGAAAUCGCUCGCUCUGUUACGAGUAUGAGGCAGGGUUCAGAGGACAAUGAGAAUAUUUCAAAUAAGGCGAAGAAGACAGGCCAGAAAGGUUCCAAAAACGUAGAGCGGGGGGUGCAGGAAUCUUCUAAGGAGGACAGUGAAGAUUCGUUAGCCGCCGAAGGAGCCGCUGGUCCUUCGAAUCAUUCAAAACGUCGCGAACUGCUAUCGGUGAAGCAGACACCCGGGGUAGAUUUAGGAGCACUCACGGGAGCGCUCUCCGCGUUAUAUCCUUUCGGCUUCCCUCCGGAUGCCUAUGGAAGGCAACGCCAAGUCGAGAGCCCAAACGCGAGUCGUUCGGAAAAAGUCAUUCGUAAAUUCUCAUUGAGCAAAAAGUCGAAGUCGAAGCCUAGUCAGCAGGCGGAGACAUCGGAUUCAGUUGCGGAGUCCGAUUCAGAAAGCUCUACCUCGUCGUCGGAUCCUCCGGUGUCAAACCGCAGGAAGAAUCGUAGUCGUCGCGUAUCGCAGAAGUACAGGCCGGUUUCCGAGUGGAAUAUCCGGUAUGACGGUAAAGACAAUGGUCAGAAUCUCAUGAAGUUCCUCAGAGAGGUCGAGUUUUACGCCAAAUCGGAGAACGUGUCAAAGCGCGAAUUGUUUCGAUCCGCAAUUUACCUGUUCAAAGAUCAGGCCAAAUCGUGGUAUAUGUCGGGCGUGGAAAACGAAGACUUCGCCAAUUGGAACGAACUCGUAGCGGAACUCAAACGUGAGUUUCUUAGUCCCGAUCACGAUCACGUGACCGAGAUUAAAGCUAUAUCGCGAAAGCAAGGGCCCAAAGAGCGUUUUACGGACUACUUCUCAGAAAUGCAGAAGAUAUUCAACUCCCUCACGAAGCCGAUUUCGGAAGGGAAGAAGUUCGAAAUUAUCAAUCGUAACCUUCGGUCGGACUAUAAGGGUCACGCGGUCGCGUCGAACAUUGAUAAUUUAGCGGACCUGAAAAGGUUUGGGAGGCAGCUAGAUGCUACCUACUGGUACAAAUACGCCCCAAACACUCAGGAUCAAAAUGCGACGCGAAAUAGAACUCAGGUGAAUGAAGUAAGCCGUGAACCGCCAAGAAAACCUAAACAUACAGUCGAAGAUCAAAACAAAACGUUCAAAUCCCGAAGUUUUUACCGCUCGUCCAAAGAGGCCUCGGAUGAAGAUCGAACCCCGAAGAAACCGCCGCGCGAAAAUCCUAAAAGUGCUAAGCCAGAACAAAAGAAAACCGAUAACCCUAGAACAAACUCGGCGUGGUUAGAUAGAUAUGUCCCUCCUACAGAAGGAACCUGUUUCAAUUGUCGAAGACAAGGCCAUCACCAUUCAGAGUGUACCCAAUAUAGAUACAAAUUUUGUCUCAGGUGUGGGUUACACGAGGUGGAAACCAAAAAUUGUCCCUACUGCGAAAAAAACUUUCGGUAGACUGCCUGAG